GCCACAAGGUCGAAGGGCUUCUGGGCUCUAGAGGCUCUGACUAGACCGUGGGGUCUCCGAUUUAUUUCGGAACCUAAUGUUCAACCCUCGAUCGCUCUAUUCUUUAUUCACCCUCUUUGUUAUUCUUCUCCAGCUGUGUAGCUACCUUGUGUACCAUAUUCAGACGAUGAUGCUUCGUACUAACAGGGAGAUUCAAGGUAGUCAGCCUGGCUGGUGCUGGUUAAACUAGGCAAUCUGCAACCAUCUUCUUUCGUCCAUGGAAGAAAGGUGAUUAAUUA